AUGGAGCCAGUCCGACCGCGGCCUGCCCGUCCCAGCACCGUGCCACUCCAAGUGGGACCUAAGAUGAUGGCACCGAAGGCGAAAACGUUACCGGUCCCUCCAACUCGUUGCACGGCGAAAGCGCCGGAACCUUCUGUGCCUUCAAGGCCGACUCCAUCAGCGGUCCCAGAGCCACUCACACCGACACGCACCAAUGACUCCAAAUUCAAGCAACAGGCGGGCACAGCGCUGACCCCACCACGCCCGGCUCGCACGGAAGCAUCCAGAGUGCAUGAGGCGGAGGGCUCGGACAAACCCAAGACGCUGAGGAGCGUGGACUUCCUGCAGGGCCUCCAAGGCGGUUCAACAAAGUCCCAGUCCACUGUGCCUGAGCCUCCGUGGCGGAUUCCUGUGAUGGCUCACCCGCGCCACGCUGUCAAAAGUCAAGUUUGUUACAAGGUGUUGCUCACCGACUUGCCAGUUGGUGUCACAGAGGCCCACGUGGUGAGACAGCUAGAAGAAGCUGGCCUAGAAAUGCCCUUUGAGCUGCAAGUCUGCACACAAACGCUGACCUGUGUCCUGUACUACCCGUUGCAUGCUGAAUCGCUGCCAUCGAUUGCGCAGAAGGACCUGCCCUUUGAGCACGAUGGACUGCAAUAUACUCUUCCAUCAGCUCUGGUUGGCAAAGUGGAGUUCAUGUGGACGGAGCCACGUUCACAAAAAGGAAAGCCAGCAAAGCCUACGAGAGAAGACGCUGGAAAAAGUCACGGAGGCCAUUGCGGCCCUGCUUCGACAAAAACUGCUGGUAGCACUACUGGUCCUCGACGGCCAUCCCUCGAAGAUGAAGCAGAGGUUGAUUCCCAAACUGGGCAGAGUUGCAGCCUGAGUGGCUACAGCACGCAGAGUCUGGUGGAUGCCUGGGUGCAGCGGGUAGGGAGUGAAGAGCUCCCGAGUGUGGGCUCGACGUGGCAUUACAAUCAAACCUGUACGCCAUGCCGAUUCCUGCACACUGGCUGCAGGAGAGGCAAGACCUGUGACUUUUGCCAUUUGUGUGAUGGGAUGCGGAAGCGGAAACGCUUCGAGGCAGAGGAAGCCGAGGAAGCCGAGGAAGCUGUCGACAUGGAUGGUAGCACGGAAGCUGGCGAGUCGCUCAGCACUGACAGCAGCAAAGCCGACUCAGUCGAGAUCAGCUCAGUGGCAGAGUUUGAGGACCAGGACCUGCAAGCAUCACAGCCAUCACACGAGGACAUGGUCGAGCUCAUCGGCCGUCUCUGGUCAUCCGCACCGCCGUCUCUCAAGCCAGGCAAGACCAGGCGCACGACCAAGAAGAAGACGAAGACGUCCCCAGCCACAAGGUUGAGGAGAUUCCUGAAGUUCCACGGCAAGCUUUGGCCUGGAAGCCGAGGUCGACCGGACACACGGACAGAAAUGACAGAAACAGCAUAUUCACAAAGACCGAAUGAGCCGGCUGAACCGCCACCAUCGCUCUAUCGCGGCUGGCGGCUGGAGUGCGAAAUCCCAGUCCGAGAACUCCGCUACUCCCAGCGCACCUGCGGUUCACACUUCCGAUGUGGUCGGAGAUGCGAGGACUUGGUCCGAGAUCUCCACGCGCAGAAGGUGGACGCCAGGACCUCCAACUUCCUCGUGUUGGAUGUGAUCCGGAAGAGGGACCGGAGAGGCCGGAACGUUCUUUGGUCCUUGGACAACCGCCGCCUCUGGGCCCUGAAAAAGUUCCAGCAAUACGCGCAAGGGGAAGUCAAGUGCCGGGUGCGUUUCCAGGGUGACUUCGAGGCCUUGAAGCGCUUCGAGCGUAACUUUGACACAGACUGCGACGGUCGCCAUAUCAGGUAUCGCCAGGACUCCCACAAGUGGCUGAGAGCUCGUGCACCAGUUGGUGCACCUGCAUCGAAGCGACGGCGGACCGGACGUCGCUGA